AUGACUGAUCUUAUACAACCAGAGUUCUACUGCCCUCUGGUUGGAUGUCUCCACUGCUUUCAACCAAGCGCUUUCGCCGUCCCCACUAACCCGGCCCCUCAGGCCCGCCCCGCCGCCCAGGUGGAGUCUGAGCAGGAGGAGCAUACCGAGGACUGCACCGUCGUCAGAACUAGUCUAGACUCUGCCGAUGACUCGGACCUGCUUCACCUUUACGCCAUCGACGAUUCAGCUACUAGAGCUGCGAUUUACGUUGACCGCCGGCCCUCGGCCUCGGCCCCGACCGCCCCAGAGCACGGGGUAGCCACUAUCUCCCUUCAAGCGUGCACUCUCUGCUCCCUCCAGGUUGAUUCCAACUCCUUCAUUAUAGUGGGGAACUUCAAUGCUCAUCACCCGGACUGGGACCCCCGCGCACGCCCCAACCUCAAGGGAGAUAUGGUCAGGGAGUGGAUCACCGCGAGGGAGCUACAUAUCUUCAAACCUGAGGGCCUAACACACCGUGAUGGGGGGGUCAUUGACCUCGCCCUCGGCCCGGCCCGAGCCUUUGCGGAGUUCGCCACUGGGCCUCCGAUCACCGAGCUCGAGCAGUUCGCAUGGGAUGUGUUCGAUACCCUCGCCAAAGUGGCAGGCCGUUUUUCGACCCGCCCCAACAGGCACACGAAGAGAACCCCCUGGUGGUCGGAGGUGCUGGCCACAGCUAGGGAGACUGACCCCAUACUUUACCGCAAGCUCUGCAAGGAGGCCAGGGUGAACUUUUACAGGGAAAGGGUUACCUCAGCUUCGACCCCGGCGGAGUGGGGCAAGAUACUUAGAUGGCGCAUCGGCCAUUCGGACGACCGGCCCACUGUCAUGGUCGGGAAUGGAGGAGUGAUCUCGGACACGGAUGGUCACCCUCUCGAAGCCCGGAGGGAUCCACGACCUUACAAGGGCUGGCGGCCGAUCACUCUGCUGUCGACUUUCGGCAAAGGUGUGGAGAUGACGGCGGCAGCGCUAAACUCGGGGCUGCUCCCCCCAGACGUUGCAGGAGCCGUUCCAUCUAGAUCCGCGCUGGACCUCGUCCAGGCGCUCGUGCAUAAUGCGGAGACCAUGUCGAGACAAGACUACCAUGGGCUCCUGGUACCCUGGAUGUGGACUCGGCCUAUCCCUCGGUUCAGCCGCCGAUGCUCCGCGAGGUUCUCGCGGACCAAGGCUGUCCACGCUGGCUCUGCAGGGCAACGGCCGACUUCUGUCAAAACCGCCGCUUCUCGUUCCGGUGGGCACAGUCAACUUUCCGCUCAGACACUGGUCUCCCACAAGGCUCUUCAUGGUCCCCAAUCCUCUUCGUUUUUUACUCCCUACCAAUUGUCGCCCCCUCGCAACAGGGAUCUUCGUUUAUCCCACCACGCAUCCCUCAGGGGCGGACAACUAUGCACCAAGGCCCGGGAGCUCGGCCUUAGGAUCGAUCCUAACAAGACAGAGGCCCUGUAUAUUCCUCCCGGGGGGGCUGGGGCAAAGCGAGGCAGGUUUGAUCCCGCAAACAUUUCGACACAGGUGGAAGGGGCGUUCUUUUCCCCUGGCAAAUCCAUCAAGUGGCUGGGCGUCUUGCCGGACCCCAAGCUCAGCCCUGCGACGCAGGUGGCCGCGGGGGCGUCAGCGACGACUGCGGUGGUAGGGUUGAUCAAGCGCCUAUCUAACACGAGGGUCUUGGGGUUUCACCCCGCGGCUGGCCCCAACAUCUUCAAUGCAGUCGUCACCCCCUCUCUUAUGUACGGCAUGGUCCAACUUGAUACUGGCCCGCACAGGGCGGGGGUCAACGGCCACUUGGUCCCAUCCAGGCUCGCGUCGGUGUGGUCAUCUCUCACCAAGGUUGCAAAUACAGCAUUGAGGGUGAUAUUUCCGGUGUGGAGGACAAUACCGACCCCAUGGCUCUGGUGGCUUGCUGGCCUCUAUCCUGAGUACUUGCUAGACAGAGAACAGGCUCUCCCGGACCCCCUACCGCGGGUGGUCCCGCUUGCACCAAGCAGCCUCUGGUCUAAGGGCUAG